GAGGAAACCUGAAGGCGUCAGUGUUCCACCCCUGCUGGGCUGGCAAAGAGCUAAAUCUACAGCAGCAUACCGACACACAGAUACUGUACUAACCCCAAUCUGCCCCGGCCAAGUAAACCUGUCAGGAGUAGACGAGCAAAAGCUAAUUGGACUUUCUCUGCAGGCGUAACGUUAUUUUUUGAGAACUCACAGCAGCACCGUUAGCAGGCUAAGCUAGCAGGGCUAACAACAGUUAACGUUAGUUAGCUAAAACUCCUGCUCCGCUGAAGACCACCCACUGCAGGGUGCUGGACUUGACACAUCCGACUAUGUAAGCUGCUCUGAUGAGUGGAUUUGUAAAUCCGUACAGCGCCUGGUUAAGACAGCUCUCAAGCUGGUCUGGAGGACCGUACCUUUACUGUGACAUAUAAACAUCUAACAGACCUUCAGGUGAUUUGGCUGGACAGGUGUAUGUUGGCCUGGAUUGGAGCAUAACUCCCCAGAGCAGCCUCCUCCCUUCCCCCUUCCAUUGCUCUACCUGUAAAGACUACUAUGCCUCUGGGGUUGGGAAGAAGGAAGAAGGCGUCCCCGUUGGUCGAGAAUGAGGAAGCGGAGCCUAUCCGCGCAGGUCUCAAUGUGCCAGGUAUGGAUGGCCUAGAUGGGGGUGUUGUCGGGCUGGGAGAAGGUGCCACCUCUGAAGGUCUGCCUCCUCCACCUAGCAGCAUGCGACCUCGCCUCAUCUUCCACACGCAGCUCGCUCACGGUAGCCCCACAGGCCGUAUUGAGGGAUUCAGUAAUGUGCGUGAGCUCUAUGCCAAGAUUGGUGAGGCCUUUGGGAUACCACCGUCUGAGGUUAUGUUUUGCACGCUGAACACUCACAAGGUGGACAUGGAUAAACUGUUGGGAGGUCAGAUUGGGCUGGAGGACUUUAUUUUUGCCCACAUUAAAGGACAGCGCAAGGAAAUAGAGGUGUACAAAGGGGAGGAUGCACUAGGGUUGACCAUCACUGAUAAUGGAGCUGGCUAUGCUUUCAUAAAGAGAAUCCGCGAGGGAAGCGUCAUCCACCAGAUCCAGGUCAUCAACGUGGGUGAUAUGAUCGAGUCGAUCAACGGCCAUCGCCUGAUUGGGUGUCGACACUAUGAGGUGGCCAAGAUGCUGAAGGAGCUGCCAAAAGGGAAGGAGUUCACCAUCAAGCUGGUGGAACCUCUCAAGGCCUUUGAUAUGAUCAGCCAGCGUUCUGGAGGGUCCAGGUCAGCAUCAGGGGUGCAGCUGGGGACUGGAAGAGGAACUCUGCGGCUGCGCUCUAAAGGUCCCGCGACUGUGGAGGAGCUGCCCUCUGCGUUUGAGGAAAAGGCCAUUGAGAAGGUGGAUGACCUUCUUGAGAGCUACAUGGGCAUCAGAGACAGCGAGCUGGCGGCAACUAUGGUGGAGCUGGGAAAGGACAAAAAGAACCCGGAUGAGUUUGCCGAGGCUUUAGACGAAACCCUGGGAGAUUUCGCCUUCCCAGAUGAGUUUGUUUUCGACGUCUGGGGUGCCAUCGGCGACGCUAAGGUCGGGCGUGUGUAAGCGCAGAAACUAAUGGAGCAGAAGAACCUGUGUGUGUGCGUGCCACCCACAACAUUCAGCACUACUAGGAAACACAACACUACCGUCAUGAGUUUUUUAUUUUUUAUUCCAGUGUAUACUCCUACCAUUUUUAAUUUAAGAGUGCUCCCUUUUGGGAGACUCUGCCUAGACAAAGAGGAUAAUGCCAGUUAAUGGGAGUAAAAGGUGACAGUGAUGACUUCCCAAGUGCUUUUUUUUUUUUUUUUUGUCUUCCGGCUUUUUCCAGAAACUACAAGCACGAGUCACAUGACCCUCGCAUGUCAUUGUUGUAGUUGCUGUCAGUGGAACAAGUACAGCACAAGUCUCUAAUAUGGGAGAAAUGAAAGACAACAGCUAACACAAAGUAGAUCUUUGAUACUGAACAGAAAACAAUGUGAUUUAUCCCCCACGUUGCACUGUGUUGCACUGCACUGUAAAGCAACAACAGAAGUGAACAGAUAUUGCACCGUGCCACACCUGGUGAGCGGCACAGUUAUUGCACAGUACAAGGCCUCCCUGAGUUACAGUGUCGCCCUAAAACACUCGAUGUUACUGUUACGGAUCUGUUUUACAAGCAUGUGCUGGUAUAUUUUUAUCUUCAUAAUGAAUUCUGCUGGGUAUGUUCUUUUUUUUUGGGAGGGGUAAAAGAAAAAUAAUUGUAGUUACAAAAAGGGUCAAAGUAAAGUGUAGCUCACUAAUGAAAAAGUCAGAGGUGUUUGUUUGCCGUUAACACACUCCGUGCUGUAAUGAACUGCAACACAUUCCAGUCUUACUUUCAUACAUUUGACAGUGUUACAGAAAAUCAGUGUUACCGUGUUUAAUUGAAUAAUUAAUUGAAAUGAUAAUGCGAAGUUGGUUUCCAGGUUUGUGGAUUGUUUUACUUUUUUUUUUUUAUAGCUAGUGUUUUUACAUAAAGUGAUGUGAUGUCUAUUUUAUAACCAUUUUUUGUGUGUGUGUGUGUGUGUGUGUGUGUAACAGAUGAAGAAUUUGAACCUGUGUUGCGACUACUUUAUUGUUUUUGAAGAAUUACAGAAGGCAGUAUUAAAGAAGAGAGAGUGACGAGGUGGGGUAGUUGUGUUAAAAAAAAAAAAAAAAAAAAAAAGACAAAAGGAAUCUGUUAAGAACAAAAUGCCUUUUAUUUCUUCUCAUUUCAUGCAUUUUAUACAUUUUUCGUUAGAAGUAUGCAUUCUGGUGCAUGGUGCUGAAAAAUCAAGUAUCCUGUCAUUGGGAGCAGAAUGAUACCAAACGACUUCCACCAUGUGUUGGAGUGACUUCUGUUCAUAGAGAGGAGAAACAGGCAAUGCUGCACCAACCACCAGGCCUAGGUGAACACGUGUCUUAAAACGUCUUAGUGUUAACCUUUUCCACUAUAUCUAAAUGUAUAAAUCUAUUUUGUAGUUUUGUUUCAUUCUUCAGAGUUAAUGAGCAUAUAAACGGGUUAUGUAAUGAAACUGAUGCUAGAAGACUAACACUGAGAAGACCACAUUUUGUCUGAUGGCUUUGUAUUACACUGUUGUCAAUGUCCAAUUAUAAUGCAAUAAUAACGUCGACAUGGCAGUCCCCCCCCCCCCUUUCCCUUUGACCUUUCCUUAACACAACACAGUGCUUUGCAUCACAAAAUGUGUAUUCGAUCGGAUUGUCCGACACUGUCUGCUGUUAAAAUACAAUACUGUGAUCUGCAGGAGUGUUUUCCAACAUUCGCAGAAACCACCCCUGGGCGGGCGUGUUUGUGUUUCUUCUCACUGUGUCCCCCUGAAAUAUACAUGACAUUUAACCGGUGAAGUCAUUUUGGGUGUCAGCAGGCCUUCAGAGGUAACGUAAUAAGAUACACUUUGGUAAACUUGAUAGUGCCGUCAAGCUCAGCAGGGUCACCUCCAGGCCUCACGUUUUAAUCAAGGAAGAUCUAUCUCAGUGCACCCCUAAAUACCUUUUUUUUUGCAGUCUGUUUAGAUUAUAAAUGUUAUAAUAAAGUUUUAUGCAGCU